CUCAGAUAGACUCACAUCUGUACCCAGCGCUGCAACUUUUUCUCUCUAUCGAAGUAAGAAAGCAAGAAAGGAUCCUGGGGUAUUGUAGAGCUGUGUGAGCAACCCCACCUGUGAAAGUGAAACUCAACUUAUAUUAACUGCUUAUUUACAGCUGGCAUCGCUGCUACUGUCAGACCAGGUUGGAGGACAAUCUGCUCCAACUGCUGCUGCUUCUGCUGGUAUGUUUUGCGUGGUGUGGACUUUCUCACGUUGCGGCGGACCCACACACACACAGAGACAGACACACACACAGGGGCUUGCAUGCUUGAUACUCCCCCCUGCCUCUUGCUCUCACUCCCUCUCCGGCACAUAGAUACACUCAGAAGAAGAGGUGGUGUGUGUGAGUGGUGGAUCCUGUCGUGUGGAGAGCAUAGAGGAGAAGAGAGGAGGCGAGCGGCAGACUCUACGAUGCCGGGGCAGGGAGAACGGCUGAAGUGUUGCCUCUGUCUAUGUCUUUGGAGCCGGAGUCCUCUGCUGUUGCUUGGACUGUUCUCUUUACAUGCACAAGCACACGGCAACAUCUUGGACAUCAUGCCACUAAGAGCAUCAAGUAAAGAGGAGAGUGGGAAAGAGGCUUUUGGCAGCACAGCUCCUGCUUCAUCCUCCCAAAGAUUCCUGUGGUGUCACUGUUAUCACCACUGCCCAGAUGAUUCAGUCAAUAAUACGUGCAGAACUGAUGGCUACUGUUUUACAAUGGUGGAGGAGGAGGGAGGGGAGCCAGUUCAGACUGCAGGUUGCUUGGGGCUGCCUGGAUCAGAGUUUCAGUGUAGGGAUACUGGGGUUCCACGUCGAAGGAGAUCACUGGAGUGCUGCACAGAUGAAGAUUACUGUAACAAAAACCUGCAUCCUACACUGCCACCGCUUGAACCACCUCUCUACGUCGAUGGAAAGAUCCACCAUGUGGCAUUGUUGAUUUCAGUCACUGUGUGCAGCAUUAUAUUGGUAGUCAUUAUUAUGUUCUGCUACUUCAGGUACAAGCGUCAGGAGUCUCGUCCUCGGUACAGCAUUGGUCUAGAACAGGAUGAGACUUAUAUUCCGCCUGGAGAAUCUCUGAAAGAUCUUAUAGAACAAUCACAAAGCUCUGGCUCAGGCUCAGGGCUCCCUCUAUUGGUCCAGAGAACAAUCGCCAAGCAAAUUCAGAUGGUGAAGCAGAUUGGCAAGGGGAGGUAUGGAGAGGUGUGGAUGGGCAGGUGGAGGGGAGAAAAGGUGGCCGUUAAAGUUUUUUUCACCACCGAGGAAGCCAGUUGGUUCCGAGAGACUGAAAUCUACCAAACUGUCCUGAUGAGACAUGAGAAUAUAUUGGGUUUCAUAGCUGCAGAUAUCAAAGGAACUGGCUCUUGGACCCAGCUCUAUCUAAUCACUGACUACCAUGAAAAUGGAUCUUUGUAUGACUACCUCAAAUCAACCACUCUGGACAAUAAAGCAAUGCUGCGUCUGGCCUACUCCUCCGUGUCGGGACUGUGUCACCUCCACACGGAGAUCUUUGGCACCCAGGGGAAACCUGCUAUUGCACACAGGGAUCUGAAGAGUAAGAACAUACUGGUGAAAAGAAACGGGACCUGCUGUAUCGCUGAUCUGGGACUGGCUGUAAAGUUCAUCAGCGACACAAACGAAGUAGACAUCCCCCCCAACACACGAGUCGGUACGAAGCGCUACAUGCCUCCAGAGGUUCUGGAUGAGACUUUGAACAGAAGCCAUUUUCAGUCAUAUAUAAUGGCCGACAUGUACAGCUUUGGCCUCAUCCUUUGGGAGAUUGCUCGGCGUUGUGUAUCAGGAGGAAUCCUUGAAGAGUACCAGCUGCCUUACCACGAGUUAGUUCCUACAGACCCUUCUUAUGAAGACAUGAGAGAGGUGGUCUGCAUCAAGAAACUACGACCAUCUUUUCCAAAUCGAUGGACCAGUGAUGAGUGUUUGAGACAGAUGGGGAAGCUGAUGACAGAAAGCUGGGCCCACAACCCGGCCUGCCGCCUCACAGCUCUACGGGUCAAAAAGACACUUGCCAAAAUGUCAGAAUCACAGGAUAUAAAGCUGUGAGCUGGCAUCGCCAGCUGUGCAUGGAAAGGGCACUGAUGAUCACGCUGGCUCUGGUCCAGGCCUCGGCAAGCCUUCAUUUUUGGGAAACAGGAGGAGAAACAUCUUAGGAGACUGCAUGAUCAUAAACUCUGAAUCCAAACGCCCAGAACUCUGCAACUCAAGUACUUGAGUCAUGUCUUACGUGGUCCAUCAAAGAAGAUAAAACACCAUCAUUUCAGAUUAGUGUGAGGACUCUAAAACCCAGCUAGGUUCCUGCACACAUGUUCCAAAGGUGUCGGAGGAAGACAAUGAGUUUGACUUGAUGUAAUAGCUGCAGAGAUACUCAAACAGGCUACUGACCAGUAUGUGGAAAACUGUAUCUGUGCUUUCUGUGAAAGCUACUCUACCUGUAGAUGAAGGUCUGAUUGAUAGAACUUAAAGGAUGUGCUUCAAGGCACUCUUGUUGCUGCAGCAGAACACCUCCUUUCUAAACACUUAUCUCCCCACUACUGGCUUUAUAUUAUUAUUGGAUUGAAUACAUUUUUGUCACUCUUAAAUUGACUACUUUUGAUUACAAGAAUUGACACUAUGUGACAGAAGUAUUUUGAGGCUUUAUUGUAAAUUUCUUGUUUCUGGUGAUAACAUUUGUAGACACUGAAGAGAAGCUAAAUUUGUAUGUAAGAUGUGAUAGGCUAAUUAAAGUUGCAAAAUUGUAUUUUCCAUGUAAAACUCAAAAUCUAUAACUCUAUGUGAAAAAAAAAAAUAAAGUUUAUAUGUUUAAGUGAA